GGCAAAGCAAACAUGGAGUCAUCAAUUAUAAAAAUAAAAAAUAAAAGUUAACUUUCUAGGGAAUGUAGUUGCAAAUGCUACAAAUUCAAGAAUUUUAUGGUGCCAUUGCCGCCCCUUGCCGGACCAUGUGCUAUACAUCUUAGAUCCCGCUAUUCUCCCCACCAGUGAGAACCAUAUAAAUAGGCAGCACUUGAGCUCUUUGCCUCAAGCAAAUUGCAUUACAAAAACAUCCCAUCAACAUCUAUCGAAAGAAGAAAAGAGGGAGAGGAUUGGUUAACUGGUAAAAAGUUGUAAUUAAUGGCUUCUCCUAAUAAGAUGUUCAUGAUCAUCGCCAUUGUUGCAGUCUCUGUUCCUUCAAUUUUGGCAACUGAACAUUUGGUUGGUGACGCGACAGGUUGGAAGCCAGGCUUUGAUUACGGAGCUUGGGCCAAUGGAAAAGAAUUUCACGUAGGAGACACCCUUGUGUUUAAGUAUAGAGCUGGAGCGCACAAUGUGCUAAGAGUUAAUGGGACUGGAUUCCAAGAGUGCAAGGCAGCUGAUGAUACUGUGCCCUUGUCUAGUGGAAAUGAUGUGAUUUCACUCUCAACUCCUGGGAAGAAAUGGUACAUUUGUGGUUUUGCCGAACAUUGCGAGUCUGGGAACCAGAAACUUGCCAUUACCGUGCUGGCUCAGCUGGGAUCUCCCUCAACGUCACCUUCUCCCAGUCCGACCGGCACCUCGCCAUCCGGAGCAACGUCAGGCAGCACUGUAUCUAGAUACUAUGGCUUGAUUGUAGCCAUUGUUGGGAUGGUCAUGUUUUAAUUUUUAUAGCGAUGUUGUCCAAGGAUUACUCUUUUCUUGUUGAAUUUUGAAUGUCUUUUAUUAAUUGCCUUCAUUUGGGUUACGACAUUUGGGUUACGAGGUUUGUAUGCUGUUCUGGUUAAUUCAACAAUAUGGCAUUUCUUGCUCUCUCUUACUA